UCUCCUCCCACUAGCAUUGCAAUUAGCAUAUUAAUAAACCACAGUACUGCCAGUGGAGAGAGAGAGAGAGAGCGAGAUAGAGCGAGAGAGAGAGAGAGAGACACACAUACACACACGCACACACAUACAGAGACAGAAUAAAAUUCCUUCUGCCUGCUUCCUCUGAGGCCCAAUUUCUGGCUUUUAGGGGGGCUCGUUUUUUUGUUCUCCGAGAUUCCACAAGGGCAUUUUAUGCCAGGAGCCUUAGCCGCGGGCACCCAGUACCUUCUUGGUUUCAGACCAGGCAUGUGAAGAUGUCAGUGGGCUGCGCAUGUCCUGGCUGUUCCUCCAAGUCGUUCAAGCUGUACUCGCCAAAGGAGCCCCCGAACGGCAACGCCUUUCCCCCCUUCCACCCGGGCACAAUGCUGGAUCGAGAUGUGGGACCCACUCCGAUGUAUCCUCCAACGUACCUGGAGCCUGGGAUCGGGAGACACACGCCGUACGGGAACCAGACAGACUACAGAAUAUUUGAACUAAACAAACGUCUGCAAAAUUGGACAGAGGAAUGUGAUAAUCUCUGGUGGGAUGCUUUCACUACAGAGUUCUUUGAAGAUGACGCCAUGUUGACCAUCACCUUCUGCUUGGAAGAUGGACCAAAGAGAUACACAAUUGGAAGGACGCUUAUUCCCCGGUAUUUCCGCAGCAUAUUUGAGGGUGGGGCCACAGAAUUGUACUACGUCCUCAAACACCCCAAGGAGUCAUUCCACAAUAACUUUGUUUCCCUUGACUGCGAUCAGUGCACAAUGGUCACACAGCAUGGAAAGCCCAUGUUUACACAGGUGUGCGUAGAGGGGCGGUUAUACCUUGAGUUCAUGUUUGAUGACAUGAUGAGGAUAAAAACGUGGCAUUUCAGCAUCCGGCAACAUCGAGAACUCAUUCCCCGCAGUAUCCUUGCCAUGCAUGCCCAGGACCCACAAAUGUUGGACCAGCUGUCAAAGAACAUCACAAGAUGUGGACUUUCGAACUCUACACUCAACUACCUCCGACUCUGUGUAAUUCUAGAGCCGAUGCAGGAGCUCAUGUCCCGACACAAGACGUACAGUUUAAGUCCCCGUGAUUGCCUCAAGACUUGUCUCUUUCAGAAAUGGCAGAGGAUGGUAGCUCCACCUGCUGAGCCAGCCCGACAGGCCCCCAAUAAGAGGAGGAAAAGGAAGAUGUCUGGAGGGAGCACAAUGAGCUCUGGAGGGGGCAACACAAAUAACAGCAACAGUAAAAAGAAGAGUCCUGCCAGCACGUUCGCCCUCUCCAGCCAGGAUGUAAUGGUGGUGGGCGAACCAACCCUGAUGGGCGGAGAGUUCGGGGAUGAAGACGAACGACUGAUAACCCGCCUGGAGAACACUCAAUUUGACGCCGCCAAUGGGAUUGACGACGAGGACAGCUUCAAUAAUUCUCCCGCGCUUGGCGCCAACAGCCCCUGGAACAGCAAACCGCCUUCAAGUCAAGAGAGCAAAUCAGAAAACCCGACCUCACAGGCUUCACAGUAAACACACAAAACCCUUCAAAUAAAA